AUGGGCAACAGCCUCAGGUGCUGCUUGGCCUGCGUUCUUCCAUUCGGGGUUCUGGAUGUCGCACGGAUCGUCCAUCUCAACGGGCAGGUGGAGGAGUUUUGCCGACCGGUCACCGCCGGCGAGAUCCUGCGGGCGAACCCCGACCACGUCCUGAGCAGGCCGUCCUCUGAGGGCGAAGGGCGGCGGAUUCUCGUCGUCUCGCCGGAGUCGAUCCUCGAGCGAGGUACCAUCUACUUCCUGAUCCCGAGGGCAUCCCUUCCGGAGAGGAAGAAUACGAAGAAGAAGAGGAAAACCCAGAAUAUCUCCACGAAGGUCAACGAGCCCUCGGCCGCCGCCGAGGAGAACCUGUCGGAGCGGAAGCCGGCCCACCGGCGUCGGAGCAGCCGAAUAGCGGAAUGGCGUCCACACUUAGAGAGCAUCCCAGAGAGGACCCGUCAGCCGCAGGUCUGCAGUCGAGCCCAGAGAGAAGGGAGAGGGAGCCCUGGGGGCAAGGGUAAUUUCAUGUAG